GGCGACUUGACAGGCGACGGCUUCUCUCAAAACGCAACCGCGCCGCGCGCCCCAGAGCAGACUCGCUCGGAUCAGGGCCUCUCCCCUCUCAGCGGGCGACGCCGCCGCCACCGUUUCGCCCAUCCUUCCCUCCCUCCCGGUCGUCGCCGCCGCCAAGCAGCCGCCGGUGCUUGCCUAUUGGAAGCAGCAAGGAUGACCAAGUACAUGAGGAACAAGAGAAGUUCAUCUCAGCUCAGAUCAUCACAUAAUCAGAAACCCAGCAGUCAUUGCAUCUUCAAGAGGGUCGCCAGCCAGGAGCUGGCAUUUACAACAACAGAGAAAUGUGCAUGGGCAGAAGCAACCUGUCCAGUAUGCAUGGAGUUCCCACACAAUGCUGUUCUUCUACUCUGUUCGUCUCAUGACAAUGGCUGCCGUCCAUAUGUCUGUGCCUCCAACAUAGAGCUCUCAAAUUGUCUUGAUCAGCUUGUAGAGUCAUGCAGAAAAGAAAGCUCCGAGGACCCAGAUGCAAUAGAGCUUGCAUGUCCCCUUUGCCGUGGUGAGGUUAAGGGAUAUACAUUAGUUGAACCUGCUCGGAAGAAGCUGAAUCACAAGAGGAGGAGCUGCAUGCAAGAUGGCUGUUCAUACAUGGGCACAUACAGAGAGCUCUGCGAGCAUGUAAAAAAGAAGCACCCUUCUGCAAAUCCACGGGCUGUGGACCCCUUACAUGCCUUCAGAUGGAAGCGGCUUCUGUUUCGAAGUUCAUUGCAAGAUAUGAUCUGUUCAACAACUUCACCAUUGCUGCGAAGGCUAUUUUCUGCUAUGCUGCAACUUGACGAGCUUAUGGCAUCUUAUUGGGGUGAAGGUGGUGACCGUCGUGGUGCUACAAGCGAUAGUUCACUGCGAAGUGCUAGUGCAGAGUCUACUGAUCCGUGAUGUCUGGACCUGUCUCUGUGUUGAUACUGCAGGGAACCUUACAUGAAUCCCUGACUUGAUCCCCUGUAGAUUCAAAUUUCUGACCUAACAAAGCAAUGCUGGUCUUCGUCUGUUCUCAGGGAAUGUCCGGUCCUCAUCUUGAGAAGAAACAUACUGUUAACCUUUGAUUGAUUUAAUUCAAAAGCACUGAUAUUGUGCUGGUUGAAUGGUGUGGGGCUCUUGUUCAUACUUCGUUUUAGCCUCUAGUGUGUCAUGUGAUGCAUUGCUCCUGUGCAUCCCUCCCCAUUGUAUGAUAAAACUGUUUCUUCUGAAAUACAGUGUGUUCUCGUUCAGAAAUAGAAAUGCACGAUUUGAUGGCCGUUGGAUC